AUGAGGCUAGGAGGAUACCAUCGAGACGUCCCUGAUCAAGAGGCCCGACUUCCAGUCGUGCGUCGCCGGCCCCUCCGCUCUGAAUCUCACGAUUGGUAUGGCCCAGGUGACGUCGCGCCCUACUACCACAACCCAAUGCCCCAUCGGACACGAGUCGACGAACUACAAAGGCCCAACGGAGGUACACCCAGGGGAUAUUCAAGGAGCAUGAGCCUCGAUGCAUACCCUCCGUCUACCAUGCCCAUGCCGCCAGCACCACACCUGAUGCGGGCUUCUACAGAUGUUUAUAAGAAACGCCCGCAGCUGUCAAUCUACGAAGCCGACGAAGACGAUGAGGACGAUGAACGUUGGCCGUCCAUGAAACCGCGGGGUAGAAUUCCCGAGCCUGCAAGGCCCCGUCGGCGGGUGCAAAGAAGGGAGCCAACACCCGAAUCGACACCAUCGACAGAGAGCGAGGAGGAGAGUGAAAGCGAGAGUGAAAGUGAUAGUGAGGAUGAUAGCGACAAUGACCAUAUAGAGGUUGUGGUGGAAGAGGAGGAGAGGAAGCAUAGACACCACCACCAUCGACACAACCGACGACCCAGCCCAGACGAUUACCUCAGCUCGCCAGAUGAGAAGAGGCCACCACCAAGACGAAAUAGAAUACCAUCACCAUCUACAUCUGACGAUAGACAAAUACGCCGAUACCGCCAUGCGUCUUCUGAAAGAGGAUCACCAGAUCGAAGACCUGCUCUGAGACGGGAAAUGACCGACACGCCAAGAUACAGUCUACCAACGCGAUUUGGCAGUGUGCUUGAUUCUUCUAGGCCACCCGUUGCUUCUAGGAGGACACAAAAGGUGGUCGAGUCACGCGAAAUUGUUCGUGACGGCCGUCCUCGGAGAAUAGUAGAGACAGUUGAAAUCUCGAGAGAAUCUUCAAGACGUCCUCCUAGCAUGGCGGGCAGUGCAUUUGGAUCAUCCAGAAACAGUUCUCCCAACCGACCCCGCUCAAUCCGUGAUUGCAAAGUCUGUUUAGACGAGGUCCCCGCAUCGAAAUGCCCCAAACUAGAAUGUGGUCAUCGAAUGUGUCACAGCUGUUUGAAGAAGCGGUUCAAGCAGUCAAUGACAGACUCUGGACAAAUGCCUCCGACAUGCUGCACUGAAGAGCCCAUUGGUCUGGAGCACGUUGACAAGCUUUUCGAUCCUGUUUUCAAGAAGAUAUGGAACAAGAAAUUUGUGGAAUUUUCUUUGAAAAACAGGCUGUAUUGUCCUUCACGACGAUGCGGGGAGUGGAUUCGACCAGGCGAGAUCUACCAUGAUCGCGAGACGGGGCGAAAGACUGCUCGCUGCGAUCAGUGCAACACAAAGGUUUGCGUGUCGUGCAAUGGCAGGUGGCACUUUCAACCUAAAUGUCCCAGGGAUGAGGAAACAGCCAGGUUUCUGGCCAAGAUCAGAACCGAAGAGCAGAAGAGAUGCAUCAGAUGUGAUGCUACAGCUCAGCUCAGAGAUGGCGAUAAUCAUGCCUUGUGUCGAUGUGGUACCGAAUUUUGCGUCGUUUGUGGAGAGAAACCCAAGAGAUGCGAUUGUCCAUGGUUCGACGCUGAUAUUCCCGAGUCUGAUCACGAAGAAAAAGCGAUCACACGUCGAGACAGAAGCGAAAUUCAAGUCUUCCGUGAAGGUAGCACCACAGAAGAUUCCCGAGGCCCGCGACGACCACGAGGGAAGCAGCCACGGCCGCAUGUUUACGACGAAGAAAUUAUCUUGCGUCAACAAGAUGAUCGUGACGAUGAAUUGAUGCGCAGACCUCGCUAUAACGACUACGAUGUCGUGGGUGCUCCAGAACCACCCACUUCCCAUUAUGCGGGGGAUAGCCCCAAGCGUCUAGGACGCAGAGUCGUCGGUGGUGCACCAUCCUCGCCAAGCCAGCCAGAGUUUGACAGAGGUUCUCGUGUCGGCAGAGGAGGGUACUACGGAGGACGCAUGGACAGACGAAAGGUCGAACGACAUCCAGAAGAUCGCUACGAAAUGGAACCUCCGGCAAUGAGGCCACCGCCUAUGGGAAUGCCACCUCCAGUUCUGGAGGAAGGAUACCGUGGAGGAGCUGGACCUUUGAUCGUGGAGCGAGAUCCCAACACCUACGACGAUGACGAUUCAUACUACAGCCACAGCUCACGUAGCCGAAAGGGCCGGCGACGUAGCGACGCACGCAAGUCCUCCGAACUCGCCGGUCUUAGCGGACGCGGCUCGGGAAUGGGACGAAUCGACGUCUGGCGGAAGUUUGUUGAACCCGGUGACCCGGAAGGCGAACUAGGACCAGCAGUAGUGGCUGCUUGA